AUGAUCGGCUGGACCACAAUACUCUUCUCUCUUCUUUGCCCAUAUACAAGAGCUCUUCCAUUUGGAACUUUGGAAACCGACACCUUCCAACCUCCCGGUACCAUGGAUAACCGGUCGACGACACCAAAUGGCGGAUAUAUCUGUGUGACAGUCACGUAUCCGAAUACAACCACAUACACUAGCACCAUCUUUUCGACCAUAACAGCUAAUCCAGCGGGGAAUCAUAGCAUUUUCACCAUCACAAAAACUGCCGUUGGUUUGCCGGCAACGUUGCCAGCGACACCAGCUGCAGCAGGUGUUACAAAUGGUGUCAAUCAGCUAAAUGCAAAACAAACACCAAAACAAAACUCGAGUCCCCAUGUGCUUACUACCUUCUAUUUGACAAAGACCAAAACUAGAAAGCAGUACAGCAGCUUAAAUUUUCCAGGUGACUACCAAGCGCUCGACCAAAACGACAAUGCAGCUGCCUCCGACAUUGUUGAAACCGCCACGCACACCAUUUUCAACACCGUAUCCGCGACAAAACAGCCAGAUCUAGUGACCAAUUUUAUCACGGUGACCCAUACAACUGUCAUUACGGGAAAGCCAGCCACUAUAUUGACUACAGUCAUGACUAUAAGAACAACACUAACGAGCGUGACGCCCACAAAGACGGUGACAACGAAAAUGAAAGUAUCCACUGAGUCGGAUGGCAAAAGAGACGUUUUUAUAUGGAAGCGAGACCAUCCUGAGAUUGAGUAUUUCGAAGACGGGUCAACUACUACUUCAGCUUUGUCGCCGGAGAAAACUAUGAAGCCAAGGGCAGUGCCAACGGCACCACAACAGACAAGUAUCACCGUGACUAAAACGUAUACCCCGUCUACAACCGUCUAUACUACAAAAACAAUCACCGUCUCUGGUACCUGGGUGCCCUGGGUAAACUCGACAACAACAAUGACCAUCCCCGCUACAGUAAGAGGAGGAGGAUCGGAAGCGGUGCAGCAGCACAUAAACGCCGUAAGCGUCGCAACGCAGACAGUAGUGGAACCUAUCGUUUCAACUGUUGUUCCUCCUCCCCCUCCACCACCUCCUACUACCACUGCGCCCCCCCCUCCUCCUACUACUACUGCGCCUCCCCCAACGACGUCAAUCAAGACAGUCGACGUGACAAAAGUCGUCACUAUAUCAAACCAGCAUACCAGCACCAUCACCAAAACGACCACACAUAUAGUGACGUCGACAACGAUACCGGCCAGCUCGGUGGUGACCCAGAUGACCACUAUCAUGGACACUGUUACGAGUUUUGGGAUUUAUACGUUAUUUCUUAUACAAGCGGCUUAG